GGCGUAAAGGGUGUAAAGGCCCAGUCGAUCAAAUAUCGGGGUCCCAGCCCCCCUCCAAAAUCACGCUCUCCAUUCUCUCUCGUUCCUCUCCUUCAACGGCGUCAGUGGUCGUGGCACCAAGAUGUCACCUCUCCCCUUAACAUCAGUCGUCCUGGUAGUCGGGGCCUUUUUGAACGCGGGGGUCUUUGCUCAGUUUCAAGUGCUCUCAAAUGAGACUCUUGCGAACACCACGUCGUCUCUCUCCGACGCCUGUCUCCUUGCCCUUCAAGGCACCGUUCAAUGCAACUCGAGUUUGCAAGGUAUAGCCGCUUCGGACUAUUUCUAUCAGCUCGACGAUUCGGAUUUUGGUUCUUUCUGUGCUGAAUCGUGCGGCCAAUCUCUGGCAGCAUAUCAUGAGUCCGUUGAUGCGGCGUGUGCGGGGCAGCCGCAGCCUUGGGAUGGCUACCCCAUGACUUACUUUGGAGAUCUGCUCUGGGCGAGUUAUAACUUGACUUGCUUGACGGAUCCAACUAGCGGGGAGUCUUGCAUGUCCUACCUGCUCAAUAUCUCAAGUUCUUAUUCAACCGACAUCUCGGCAACAACACUACCAACAACAGUGCUCUGCUCUCCGUGCGUAUUGUCGAUGUACCAACUUUUCCAGCAGACAGCGUACAGCUAUUACGAUGAGUCCAUGGCGAGCGACUGGUCUAAUAUUCAGAAUCAGUGCAACGUGUCGUAUCCGACGUCAGUGCCAACAAACCCGACGAAUGUCACAAGUAUCCCGGGGUUCGCCCCGCUCAACUAUACAACUUCAACGACGUGUUACUCCGGCUCGACUUAUUCAGUGGUCCCCGGAGAUGAUUGUGUAUCAAUCUCCAAGGCUAAUAAUGUCUCCACUGGAGCCCUCAUCAACGUGAAUGACUUGCUGCCUGAUUGCUCUGAUAUUACUGUUGGCGCAGAAUUAUGCCUUCCUUCAGCCUGUUCAACGUAUACCGUGCAGUCUGACGAUACAUGUGCAAGCAUUACCAAUUCUAGCGGUAUUUCUUUCACCCAAUUUGCUUCCUGGAACCCGGCUAUUGAUCCAUACUGCACUAAUCUUGUCCCUGGCCAAGAAGUCUGCGUGGGACUUCCCGGCCUUGCUUACAGCGGCACAACAAUUGCUGGAGCCACCGCCCCUCAAACAGCAGUAUAUGCAACUGCCACCGUAGCAGCACCCAGUAACACUGCUUAUGGCACCACGACCCAGUGCGGGGAAUAUUACACUGUCGAGAGUGGCGAUGACUGCAGUCUCAUCACUCUGAAUUAUACCAUUACCAUUGGCCUGUUCGAGGCUAUCAAUCCGUCCGUCAACGAUAAUUGCACCAAUCUUAUACCCGGCAUCAGCUACUGUGUCUUCCCAACCGCAGAUUGGAACAGCACCAGUACCAAUACAACCACUACCUCAACCUAUAUCAGUGCACCGGCAGCAACUCCUACAGGCACAGAUCCGAACUGCUAUGCAUGGCAUGUCAUCGUCGAAAACGAUUACUGUGGCCUUCUCGAAAGCGAGUACGGCAUCACGAUGAACCAGCUCCAGCUCUGGAACCCUAGUCUCAAUGCCGCGUGCAGCAAUCUCAUUCUUGGAGAUGCAUACUGCGUUGAUGGGGAUUCGGGCGAGACCGCAGCCGCAUCAUCCACUGCUGCGGCAUCUUCCACUGGCGCGGCGUCAUCAACCGCGGCCUCCAGCUCAAGCCCACGCUCAAGCUCAAGCACACCCCCAACAACAACAAGCUCUUCCUCAACCUCGACAACACCAUCUAUCCCCGGCCCUACCCAAUCCGGCAUCACGCCCACUUGCACAGAAUACUACCUGACCAAAGAAGGCGACGACUGUUUGUCUAUCGAGACGGAAUUCUCCAUCACAUUAGCCCAAUUUUACGCCUGGAACCCAGCCGUUGGGCCUGAUUGCACCAACUUGUGGAUUGGAGAGGCGUAUUGUGUUGCUGCUCCGGCAGCAGCGGCGUCUUUGACCGCGACGAGCGUCACCCCCCCUGCACCCACGCAGAGCGGAAUCGCUUCGAAUUGUGAUGCGUGGACGGUGGUUACGUCGGGCGAUUCGUGUUCAUCAAUUGAAUCGAAGUACAAUAUCACGUUCGCCCAGUUCUACGCGUGGAAUCCAGCUAUUGGUAGUGACUGUACUAACUUGUGGCUAGAGGAAGCGUAUUGUGUUGGUGUCUCGUAG